AUGGGCGUCUGGGACGUGUUCACAGGCAAAUCGAAGCAGAGCGCGACCUCGGACAACUUCGAUCAAUCCGCCGCCGCCGCAUCGUCGAGCCCGUCACUGCAAUCCUCCUACAGCACACCCUCCGUCGACGAUGUCGGGUCAUUCAUCAGCUCGCCCGGCGCAUUCGAUCCCUCAGCGCUACAUCCGCUCGCAGGCCUCAACCAGGACACCCUCGACUACCUCACACUCGACGACGACGUGCUAACAGACCUGCCCGGUGGAAAGUCCUUGCUUCCAUCAAGGGGAUGGUCAGACGAUCUCUGCUAUGGGACCGGUKUCACAUAUCUGGCGGCGCUAUCAGUGGGAGGCGCAUGGGGUCUUGCGGAGGGUCUAAGUAAACUGCCAUCCACGGCGCCUCCGAAGCUGCGGCUCAACUCGGCGCUCAACGCAAUCACACGGAGAGGACCGUUUUUGGGAAACUCGGCCGGUGUUGUUGCUUUAAUGUACAAUGGCAUCAACAGCACCCUUGGAUACUAUCGGGGAAAGCACGAUUCGUUCAACAGUGUCGCAGCAGGAGGCAUCAGCGGCAUGAUGUUUAAGGCUACACGAGGUGUGCGGCCGAUGAUGAUUUCGGGUGGUAUUGUSGCAUCUGUUGCCGGCGCAUGGGCGGUAACGCGCAAAGUUCUGAUCGAGGGAUGA